AUGGCCGACAACUUCAAGAGCGAGGCCCGGCGGAGUGAGGAGGGCCAUGGUCUCCUCAACGGCGAUGAGAAGCGCGUCGAGGAGAGCUACGGUCUCGAGGCCGCCCCGAGCCCUGCUGCCGAACAGCAGGCACAGGAAGACAAGACCAACAACAACCCCGUCGAGUACACCGUUUCGCCAAAUGUCAAGUACGCCUGGUUGUGCGCCUACUUUUUCUUCAGCUUGAUUUUGACUCUCUACAACAAGCUGGUCCUAGAAUUCUUCCACUUCCCAUGGCUUCUCACUUGCAUCCACGCCACGUGCGCGAGCUUGGGAUGCUUCGGUCUGUUGAAGGGAGGCUACUUCACCAUGUCCCACCUGGGACGUCGUGAGAACCUCAUCCUCCUGGCGUUUUCUCUCCUCUUUACCACCAACAUCGCCGUUUCCAACCUUUCGCUUGCCAUGGUCUCGGUAGCAUUCUACCAGGUCCUCAGAACCACCGUCCCGGUCUUCACUGUCGGUAUCUACCGCACGAUCUUUGGCCGUACCUACGAGAACAUGACCUAUCUCACUCUUGUUCCCGUCAUGAUCGGUGCCGCCUUGACGACGGUCGGCGAGUACACCUUCACCGAUCUUGGAUUCCUGCUCACCUUUGCUGGUGUCAUGCUUGCUGCGGUUAAGACCGUUGCGACUAACCGCAUUAUGACCGGCCCCCUGGCCCUGCCCGCCAUGGAGGUGCUGCUGCGCAUGUCGCCUUUCGCGGCUAUGCAGUCCCUGGCCUGUGCCGUGGCCGCCGGCGAGCUGACCAAGCUUCGCGAUAUGGUCGUUGGAGGCGAGCUCGGCUUUGCUACGUUCAUCGCCAUCGCUGGCAACGGCGCUCUCGCGUUCGCCCUCAACGUCGCCUCUUUCCAGACGAACAAGGUCGCUGGUGCCCUGACCAUCAGUGUCUGCGGUAACCUCAAGCAGUGCCUCACUGUCCUCCUCGGCAUCGUCGCUUUCGACAGCAUCGAGAUCCACCUCUUCAACGGCACCGGCAUGCUCAUGACGAUGCUCGGUGCUGCGUGGUACAGCAAGGUCGAGCUGGACCGCAAGGCCCGCAAAUAG